UGGCGGCAAAACACAACGCUCACAAAAUAGUAAACAAGUGAGAAGGAGACGCAUGUGUGUAAUUAUCCUGUCCAUAUUUUGUUGUCUGUGACAACGUAUUGAAUACAGUAACGUUAAGGUCAAGGUAAUUGACAACGGAAAUAAACGUUUCCCGUCUUGACGUUAGUUAAACGUAGUUUUCUACCAAGCGCCACUGGAAACCCGUCAUUGAUCUAGAUUAACAGAUAAUUAUGUGGGGUGAAAUCGAGCCUCCCGCUAAAACACAGCCGAGUUUGUGUGACAGUGAAGACGCGUGUAAACCUCCAGAAGAACCGGGGACACAGCACAGAGAAUUUGACUUCGACCGCCCCCCACAGACGCAGCCGCCGUCACGGCGAGACGCCGAGUUCGUGAGCCAGGCUGAGUCCGCCUGCGUCAAUGACAUGGUGGAGGCCGUUGCCAUGAGUGGGAGCCCAGUGAAGAGCCAGCAGAAAGGAGAGGCUGAACUGACCCUGAAGGAGCGCAAAGAGGAGCUGCUGCAUCAGUACAGGAGCAGACCACUGGUGUUCCUGGAGAGGUACCAUGCUUUCCUCAAGCCCCAGAACCUAUCAGCGUUUGCCCACGUCUGCUCAGAUCCACGAGCUCAGCACUACAGCAAAGUGAUACAGAGACGAGCUGCGGCGUGCACCAACAGGACCAGGGUCCGAAACCAGCGCUACGCCGCCCUCAGGGCCCUGCAGAGGGAGGGUCAGUAUUUCAGUGAGGAACAGAUGCGAAUCAGGGAGCCGCUGCUGUAUGAACAGUAUAUUGGCCAGUACCUGACUGACGAGGAGGUGCUGGAGCGCUCCCAGGAGGCCAUGCAGGGCGGUGCACAGGGGGCACAAGGAGGAAGCACAGCAGGGCUCGCCCACCUCCUCCUCAGCUCCUACCAGGAGCAGCUCAUCCAGAAUCGUCUGCAGGAGGAGCAGGAGAGAGAGGAGGGAGCACAGGAGGAGGACGAGGAUGAAGAAGACGAAGAUAAUGAUGUCCAGCAGCAGGAAGGGGAGCCCACCCCGCAGGAGAAGGCUCUGCUCAGGGAGGAGUUCAUCAGUCAGAUGCACCAGCGCUUCCUAGAGGGCAAAGACAAGGAUUUCGACUACAGUGAGGUGGAUGAGAACCCAGACUAUGACAACUUGGACAUCGUCAGCAGAGAUGCAGAGGAUAAAUACUUUGAUGAAGAGGAGGAUGACGAAGAGGAAGAAGAAACUAUGGCAGAAUAGCAGUUGUCGUAGUAACAGUAGCAUCAACUGGUUAACACUCACUGCUUUGAACUGUAAAUACAAAUGUGCAAAACGAGGGUAUGUAUUCUAUUUUGUAAUGUCACACAUGAAUGCAAACACAGCUGGUAAUAAAUAUUGUUUUGAGUCUUUUGUAAUUUGAUUGAAUUUGAUAUUUACAGACACCGAGCAGCCGCUUUGUUCUCCCAUUUGUACAAAAAUGACACCGUUUGGCUCAAAACGUGGAAACAGAAAAUAAAGAUCCUACUGUCCAGACACUAAUGAUCAGCUGUGUCACUGAGCAGGCAGAUUAAUAGUUUAACUUUCCGACACCUCAACUCGUUUUCUUCUCAGCCUGAAGGCAAAAUAUGACAUGUAGUGUCUUGUUUAGAGCAUCAGGCACUGCCUGGUAGUAAACACAAGAAGCUGAAGUAUCCUGCUUUACUGUUUCUGUGUCGGCCAA